AUGAGGAAUUCGACAGAAGUAUCUGAAUUUAUUCUCUUAGGUCUAACAAGGGACCAUAGACUACAACAGGUUCUCUUCCCACUUUUCCUGCUGCUCUAUAUAGCCUGUUUAUUGGGAAAUGGGGCCAUUCUGAUUGUUAUCCUGACUGAACCUCGGCUUCACAUCCCCAUGUAUUUUUUUCUGGGAAACCUUUCUUGUUUGGAUAUAUGCUACUCUACUGUGACUGUACCAAAAAUGCUAAGGGGAUUCCUUAGAAAGCAUCAGUCUAUCUCUUUUAAUGGCUGCCUCAUUCAGCUGCACUUCUUCCACUUCCUGGGCUGUAGCGAGGCUGUGCUUCUGGGCAUCAUGGCAUGCGACCGGUAUGUGGCUAUCUGCAAACCAUUGCAUUAUACUCUCAUAAUGAAUAAAUGGACUUGUGUUAUCUUAGCUGGAGUCACAUGGACCAUUGGAUUUUUUUAUGCCUUGAUGCACACAAUUGUGACCUCUCAACUUGUUUUCUGCGGCCCCAAACUUGUUCCACAUAUUUUUUGUGACAUCAAACCUCUUCUUGUGUUAGCUUGCAGUAGUACAAGACUUAGUUAUACCCUGCUAAAUUUUGUUACUGUUUCAAUUGCUUUCUCUUCUUUCUUUUUCACUCUUCUCUCCUAUUUUUACAUCAUCUCUUUUCUUGUCCUUAAAGUCCAGUCAUGGCAGAACCGUUGGAAAGCCUUCUCCACCUGUGCAUCUCACCUGAUGGUUGUGGCAAUGUUCUACAUUCCAGUAUUGUCCAACUACAUGCUUGCUUCUGCCAGUGAUAAAGAUCCAAUUGUCUCUCUUUUAUAUAGUAUAGUUACACCAGUUUUAAAUCCUCUGAUCUAUUCUUUAAGGAAUUAUGAAGUCAAAAAUGCUAUAAGAAAGAUUCUAAUUCAGAAUGCCAUUUUUGUAAGGAUAUGA